AUGCGAGCUCGCUACAAGGGCCCUGCCGGUACCGGUAUUCUGGAGAUGUCUGAUGAUGCAACAGUUCAGGCCGUCUUUGAUGAACUGCGGGCCAAAUCCGGCAUCGCCAGCUUCAGCAUUAAAUAUGGCCCGCCUAUGGCAAUGAAAACUCUUGAGCCCAGUCAGGGUGAUCAGAAUGCUCGAUCUCUUGGCCUUCAUGGAGAAACCCUCACUAUCGUUCCCGAAGAGACGCCACCUGCUCCCGAAGUGCCAGCUCAGACGGCUGCUGCCCAACAACGCACCACAACAUUGCGGACAGCCAAAAAGAACGAGAGCCCAGAGGAUGUUAACGUACCAUGGCCAGAACGUGAAGGCACAUUGCUGCUUCGAGUCAUGCCUAGCGACAAUAGCUGUCUGUUCACGGCCUUUGGUGGCGCCUUGCCAAAGCAGAUCCCUGCACAGCAACUGAGGAGGAUGAUGGCAGAUUACAUCGUGCAGCACCCGGAAGACUACUCGGAGGCUGUGCUGGGCAGUUCACCAAGCCAAUAUUGCCGCAGCAUCCAGGACCCUGACCGCUGGGGCGGAGGCAUUGAGCUGAGCAUCUUGUCUUCCAUUUUUGACAUUCAAAUUUGUACAUUUGAUGUCCAGGUUCGUACUCCCUGGUUGCUUGCUCUACGGAUAGCUCUGACUGUUCUCAAGGCCCAAAAUCUCAUCAACUUUGGUGAGGAGAAGAGGGAUCGCUGUAUCCUGGUAUACUCCGGUAUACACUAUGACAGGGUCGCUUUCAGCUACUCAGAAUACCCCCACGAUGCCCCAUCGCUUCCCCCAGAGAUGGAUCGGACAGUCUGGCCCAUAGACGAUGAUGAGGUGCUUGAGCAGGCCCAUAAGCUGGUGAAGAAGCUCAACGCAGCUCACUACUACACUGACACAGAGGGAUUGAUCCUCAAAUGCGACGUCCCAGGGUGUGAUUGGAUAGGCAGUGGUCAGCUCGAGGGUCGGAAGCAUGCGGAAUUGACAGGUCACGUUGACUUGAGUGAGAUCCAGGACGAGGGUGACAAUGUGCUUCGCAAGUGUGACACGUUCGGGUGCCACUUUAUAGGACAGGGGGAUAGGGCGAUGAGGGAGCACACCGUAGACACAGCCCACGAGCGCUUUUCUAUUAUUCCAGACUGGUGA